UCUACAAUAUUUAUCAAGACAACAAUUAACAAUUCUUGCGAUAAAAGCGUAGUGUGAACACUUUUAAUGUAUCCAAUGCAACUCUUCAUUACAUUAUUUUUGUUUGUUACAGCCUCAAAAUUUAGAAUAUUGCAAAAUUAUUUGUUAUUAUUCAUUAAAACAGAACAUACGAUGCGAAAUUAAAGAAAAUAUAAACGUUGAAUGUGUUGCAAAAUCAAAUAGUGAUAAAAUGUCUCGAAAAGCACAACCGGAUUGCCUUCGCUACUUUCUGUCUAAACUAAGUUCAGAGAGUUCGAACUCUGGCCAAGUUGAGGAACUUACUCGUUUGCUUGUAGAUAUGGGCAAUUAUGAGAAAUCGCUAGCUUCCGAAACGGUACAAAAUGCUUUGAAGGAUGGUCUACUCAAACCGGUGUUGCACUACAAUGCGGGAUCAUCGAGAGUGCCGCGAUUAUUGCGUUUGCCAAAGCCUGCAGAAAUCAUGGAGCAUAGUUCACAUGACUUCUACUGCUUUGAGUGUCAUUUACCGGGCGCCUUAACGCACUGCCGGCAGUGCCCACGUUCGUUUCACCGUCUCUGUUAUCGCAAAGAUUCAGAACGACCCAACUACACGGUACCUUCAGGGAAAUUCCAAAAGAAUCGUCCACCAGCCUUCAGUUCAGACACAGAUGCUGACUCGGAUGCCGAUGAAACAUUACAGGAAAAUACAUCUUUUGAUUAUGAGAGUGACGUAAGGGUAUCAUCAUCUUUGUUGCAAAUAGAUACUGGAUCUACUAACAGCGGUGGUCAGCAGCGAUUUACCGAAGAAAUUACGGUUGACAGCACAUCCUCACCUAUUCAAGCAGACUUGUGCAACAUUGAAGAUGAAGUGGCAAAUACGUCAAAUGCAAUAAAAAUUGGAAAUCAGAAAAUCUACCGAGAAGAUUUUGAAACAGAGUCAAAAACUAAAGUGGAAGUUGUAUGCAUGGGUGAAAUACGUCCCCCAACACGGAAGCGCCCUCGCACGCUCACGUCAAAUGUGUCGUAUAAAAGUGAAAUAUGCUUAAAUGAAGAACUGGAAUCCGAUUUGGACCUUUGUACGUGUUGUAGACUAUUAAAAACAGCUGAGCUGCGACAUCCUCCCAAUAUGCAGCCGGACGAAUUAAGUUACUUAAUUAAUUUUACUUUUGAGCGUAAUCGCACGUGGGUCGAAAAUGAUGUACAGAGCUACUUAGAGUCAAUAAAGUUACCAGUACGCAUGAGAACGGUCGUUUCAAAAUUACUAUUUAAGUUUCCAGAGACAAAUUUGGAAUCCAUAGCAGCUAAAUUGAAAGAUAUGCAAUAUAAUCUAUUGACUGAAUUCUUUGUUGAUAUUCUUGACCUGCAGCAUAAUAUUGGUGUAUUUUUUGGUCCCAAUAGUAUGGAAAUGGAAGCUACAAAAUGGAUGGUACGUGAUAUUGGUUACGAUAUGGCUGAGAUUCGUCGGUGUCCCGAUUGUUUUCGGCAUUCACAUGAAAAGCAUUCUAACGUUUGGUUUGCAAAACCAUGCAUUCAACGCCAUGAAUUGGUGUUUGCAAAGCACAGUGGCUUCACAUAUUGGCCGGCCAAAGUGAUACGACUACUACCAAACAAAAAAUAUGAUGUUCGUUUCUUCGGCGGCAAUCAUUCGCGUGCACUCAUCGAAUCACGUUUAAUUCGACCGAUCGAUACAGAUAUAAAGUCUUUAAAGAUCGGCAAUAAACCAGCCAUUAAAAAGGCACUGGAAGAACUGCGUAUACAUCAAGUUUUAUCCGCAUAUCAACCUAGUAUAUUUUCCUUUCAUGCAAACAAAACGGAAAUGGAAGAAAUUAUCAGAAAUGCUUUACAACGAACGGCAAACCAAUUCUUGGAGAAUACCAAUAAGCCAAGAAAACCACUCACACGUCGUCAAACCAUUUGUAACGUCGGUCCACCAAUUGGCAGGGAUGCUCGUUUGGAAAUCACGGAUGAUAUUGUGUCUUUGCCGAACGUCGAACCGCCAGUUUUGAGUGACAGCGGAUUCCUAAAUGAUACUGAAACCAGAUCUAGAAUGAGAAGGUCUCAAUAUGACAAUACAAUAUCACCAAAACGGCUAACACGUUCAGCCAAUACAAUAGUAAGUGUGACAGAUUUGAAGCAGGUUCAAGAUCAACUUGAUGACACCUUAAAAGUGGUAGCAGCUACUCAAAAGAAAAAUGAAAAAUUGCUCGCAAAUGUAGAAAAGCUAAAGGCAUCCAUAAAAAAACACGAACAUGAGAAGAAAAUCCUCAAACGAAAACAAUGGUGCUAUUGGUGCCUCAACGAAGCUAUUUACUUAUGUUGCUUUCGUGCUGCGUAUUGUUCGCAAGUUUGUCAAUCACGUCACUGGAAGGACGGUCACAGUAAAGUUUGUCGAAAUCAAACUGAUCAACGCCAAGCAAGCUCUACAACAUAAAGUUGCAAUGUUUUUAAGCUACAUUGUUAAGUUUUUAAACAUAUUUAUAUAAACGCAUUGGUAUUAGUUGUGCUCUGAUUAUGUUUAACAAAUCGUUUUUGAUCACUUUUGAACGAUUUAAAUAGUUACACAGUGAAAUUUCAUUACUGCUCCUCCUAAAAUGGGAGUUUGUUUUGAUUAGUUCUUUGAAAUUGCUUUUCUUUACGUUUUUGUUUUACUUAAUGACACUAUUUAUAUUACCUACACGAAUCGCUUAUGCUUAGAUCUAAAACAAAUGCAUCACUAAACUUGAAGUAAAAUGUUAGUAGUUCACUAACUACAUAAAGUUAAAUUAUGUCGCAAUAUCUACCAAUAUUGAUAUUAAAAAUUAGCAAGGGAAAUAAAUACAUAUUUUUGCAAUGUACAUAUAGAACGUGAAUUAGACGAGUGAAAAAACAAUUGACUAAUGUUAAGAAUAAUAAAUGAAGAAACUGAACCGUAUACGACAAAAACAUUUAUUUUUCUGGGGUGAAGAGGUGGAAUAGAGAUAGAUUUGGUAGAAGUUUAGCUUGCAAACAACGGAUAAUUGCAAAUUUUUAACUGAGUAAACAAGAAAUAUGUGAUGCUAAUAAACCCUGUUAUUAAUAGAAUAGAAUAGAAGUUUUAGAGGAAUGCACUGCGACCUAUGGUCUAUUGUGCCCUCUCUAUGUCUAUAUCAACUCCAUCAGUCCCAGCACUCUUAUAAAUUCUAGAAAGGUGCUGGGAGUGAGAGAUUCAAUGCGUUAGCCAGUUGGGUUGCUAAAUACCCAAAUUGUACUCCUGCUUCUGUGAAAGGCCACACAUUCUAAUAGCAGGCGUAGGGGAGAUUGUAUAGGUGCUUCCUGAGCUUACAGUGACCUGUAUACAGUCCCACCAGGAUUCUUAGUUUAUUAUUGAGAGGUUUAUUACAUAGUUAACUUUUUUUUGUGUGUCCUGUUAUUAAAUUAGAGCCUCAUAAUUAUUUAAGCAGUUGAAAUUUAUACGUUUUUAGAUAAAAUGUACAGAUGUAUACUCAUUAUAGACAAUUUAAAUCACAAAAAGAAGCUUACGCCAAUAUCGUCUUAUAUAUCUUGUGUAUUUCAUUCUUUUAGAUUUAAAUAGUGUUUCACAACAUGACUAUCAUAUAGAGUAUCGUUCGAAUUCAAUUCGUUUUAUACAAACUUUUAAUAUCAAAAUUAAAGUCGGUAUGUUUAUUUGGGUCCCAACAUCUCAGCUGGUUUAACCCAUUGCUCAAACUGCUCGGCAGUCAGGUAGCCCAAGUUAAUGGCUUCUUCC